UUUAUAAUCAUGUCACCGAUGACGUUUUUAUAAUCGUAUCAUCGUGCGGGCGUCGGCACUUGCUUCGUCGGUUGAACUCACCAAGUCUACGUGUCCCCUUCCAACAACUUCCUUGAUAAACAAGGCUUAAUAAAUUAUAUUUGACUAGUAUAAAGACAUACCUAUAGCUAAUGGACAAACAAUAUAGAAUAUUAAACCCUUUAAUUGUGCGCACACAUACAUCAGCUUACUAUUCCUAAUUAAAUGGCUCUGCCUAGCAAGAUAUCAGAUGCCGAAUGUGCAAAUGAACUAGAAAUGCAAUAUAUUCUUGAAGACUCUUUAACCUCGAGAUAUAAUGCUCUUGCAAGAAGGGAAGAACAAUUGUACUGUCCUAAUAAAAGAUGUUCAAAGUUGCUCAUUCUUGAUCCUGUUGAAGGGAUUACUAAGGGCAAAUGUCCUUCGUGCAAAGGACCAUUCUGCUCCCAGUGUCGAGUCCCUUGGCACACUGGGCGUAAUUGUGACAAGUUUCAAAAGGAAGAAAAAGACAGAGAAAAUGACAUAAGGGUUAAGUUGCUUGCUGAGAAUCGCAAAUGGAAGAAUUGCCCUCACUGCAAUUCCCUUGUCGAGAAGGUUGAUGGUUGUAUGCACAUCACUUGCAGGUGUAAAGAACAAUUUUGCUACGCAUGUGGAGAAACUUGGAGCGAAAGGCAUUGGAAUUGCUAGACUCGUUAAUCAUAUGGGGACUGGAUGCUGGAUAAAAUGUUGCAGAAUAAAAGGGAGAACGAAAUCACUUUUUAUGGUUUGUUUAAGCUUAAGAUCUUAAGUUUUGUACACUUUCAGUGUAUUUUUAUAUACAUCUAUAUGUAAACCUCUUUAAAAUGCGAGAUUUGCGAUCUUAAAAAUAAGUUAUGUUACUUGCUAGUAUUAUUAAUUAAACUCUUUUUUUAUUGUCUUUGAUGCGGAGCAUGCCAUCCAAGUUGUAUUGUUGCAUAGUACGAACUUGAG